UCCACAGAGCGGACUCCAUGCCGGACCUUCCCUCGCUCCCUCCCUGUGCAGCGCUGUCUCAUUGCUCGGUGAAGCCUCUGCAGCGCGCACACACAGGAAGACUCUCCGGUGCACGGGACCUCUUACUACCACAGUGACGCGCUGCAUGAUCAACACACACUUGUGAUAAUCUCGAGGCAACAACGCAAUUUGUGCCACAUUCAGGGGAUUUUACUCGCGAGGUGAUUCCCGGACUGCAAAUCCUCCGUGUUGUCAUUAAGGUGGAGAGAUGUGCGUGCACGAGGGACGAGGCUUCUGGAAUUAAGCACGGGAGAGAAACGAUGACGACGACGAGACAAUAAAGACGAAGUAGUUCUGGGGCCUGUGCAGACUUCCCGCCGCAGCAGUUGGAUGUCGACGCAGCCACGAUGACAAUGAAAGGCCUGUCCAGCAGCCGCAGUCACCAUCACACGGUGACAUGUGACCCCUCUUACGACUCCAUGACCCUGGGGCACUCGGAUCGCCGGCCCUACUUCCUCAACCCUGGGGAGGCUCAUUCUGCUGACCACCCUUGCUACCCCCAGCGCAACUCCUUCCAGUCCGAGUGCAGCGCGUACCCUGAUCUGGCCAGCUGCACCUUCCCUCGCAGACAUUACAGCUCCCACCAUGAGCUCAAGGAGGAGUGUGGCGCUGUGGUGCCAUAUACGGGGCCAACGGGAAGCGUUAAGGGAAGCGGAGGAAGCAACAACCGCAUCUCUUCGAACCUGCUGGAGCAGUUUGAGUGCCAGGCUCCAGUGCGUCACGAAGGCUACCACACGCUGCAGUACAAGCGCACUGCGGUAGAACACCAACGCAGUGACAGCCCCGGUCGAAUCCGCCAUCUUGUUCACUCCGUCCAGAAGCUUUUCACCAAGUCCCACUCCCUGGAGGGUCCGUCGGGAGGAGGAGGGAGCGGGAGGAUGAACGGUAGCAAAUCCAGUCCGGAUGACCCUCCCUCGUCCUCCGGCACCCUGAAGCACAGCAAACGCAGUAAGAGCAAAGACCGCUCAAAGUCUGAGCCCAAGAUGCGCACUGCCAUCUCAGGCUACUGGAGCUCAGACGACACGCUCGACCGGGAGAUGUGCCUCUACCACCAUCACCACGGGGGGAGCAGUGGAGGCCUCCCCUCUGGGGUCAUGACUAUGGGGCGCCAUCCUGACAAAUCUCAGUCGCAGUACUUCAUGGAGUCCUACAACACUAUCAGUGCCCACUCGCUCAAGACUUCGCGCAGCAACAACGACGUGAAGUGCUCGACGUGCUCCGGGGGCAGCGGCGGCGGGCUGCCGCUGGUGAGCGCGCUGGACGGCCAGGUGCAGCUGAAGAAGAGCUCAUGGUCUUCUACGCUGACGGUGAGCAGAGCAAGAGAGGUCUACCAGAAAGCCUCAGUCAACCUAGAUAAAGCUCUAGUGAAAGCCGAGCAGGGACGCACCUGCCACUUCCUACAGGUGCCUCAGGAUGACUGGAGCAGCUUCUCUCCGUUGGCGAAGGACGAUGAGAUCCCGUGCCGGCGGAUGCGCAGCGGCAGCUACAUCAAAGCCAUGGCGGAGGAAGACAGCGGCGACUCGGACUGCAGCCCCAAACCCUCGCCCAAGGUCCAGGCGCGGCGGGCGAGCUACCUGAAGGCCACGCAGCCAUCUCUCACCGAGAUGACCACGCUCAAGAUUUCCACGGAGCACUCGCCCAAGCUGCAGAUCCGGAGUCACAGCUACCUGCGGGCGGUGAGUGAGGUUUCCAUCAAUAGGAGUCUGGACAGCUUGGACCCAGCAGGGCUGCUGGCCUCGCCUAAAUUCCGCUCGCGAAACGAGAGCUACAUGAGAGCCAUGAGCACCAUCAGCCAGGUGAGCGAGGUGGAGGUGAACGGGCAGAUCGAGGCCGUGUGUGAGUCGGUGUUCAGUGAGAUGGAGUCCCAGGCGGUGGAUGCCCUGGACCUGCCCAUGGCCGGCUGCUUCCGCAUGCGGAGCCACAGCUACGUGCGUGCCAUAGAGAAGGGCUGCUCGCAGGAGGAGGAGGAGGGCGGCGUCACGGUGGGCAACAGGAGGAGCCACUCGCCGCCGCGCACGACCACCACGGUCAGAACCAUCCAGAGCAGCACAGUGUCAUCAUGCAUCACCACCUACAAGAAGACGCCUCCCCCGGUCCCUCCACGCACCACCCCGUCCAAACCCUUCAUAUCCAUCACGGCCCAAAGCAGCACAGAGUCUGCCCAGGAUGCUUACAUGGACGGGGGCUCCGGCACGCGGACGGGCAUCAGCUCCCAGCCGGGCCUGUCCAAUUCAACGGAGAGCAUCGACAGCAUGAAGGCCCUGACGGCCGCCAUAGAGGCGGCUAACGCUCAGGUGCACGGCCCCGCCAGCCAGCACGUCACCAACAGCACCAUCACCAUCACCGCCACUGCCACCACCUCCGCCGUAGCACACGUCUCCGCAGACAGCAAGGCUCAGAGGGAAGCGCUCCGCAAGUGCCUCUCCAUAGGGAUCCAGGUGGACCCAGAGGAGGAGGGGCCCUCAGAGGAGCAGUCUAAAUUCCAGUCGAUAGGAAUUCAGGUGGAGGAUGAGCGAUGCAGCUGUCCCCAGUUCAGGGGGAGGUUGGCGUCAGAACCCCCUCAGCAAGGGGGGCCCCAAGUGACAGCUGGGCCAGAGGAUGUGGUGCAGGGGACUGGGAAGGUGGAGGGGGUGAGUUGA